GCUGGCGGGAGUCUUGGGUCUGGGUGGUCGUGUCUGGUUAAGAAAAGGGCAUUUUUGUUGCUGGUGCUGCAACUACCACCUGUGUGUUUCUGUCUGCCUGCACUACUGCCACUGACAGCAACCCUGGAUCGCCACUGUCUGCGCAAUGAAAAUCACCGACAAACUGGCCCAGGCCCACAAAGACGACAAGGCGGCUGCGUCGUUCUCGUUCGAGUUCUUCACGCCGAAGACGUCGCAGGGCGUGCAGAACCUCUACGACAGAAUGGACCGGAUGUACCACUUGAACCCGCUGUUCAUCGACAUCACGUGGAACGCCGGCGGAAGACUGUCGACGCUGACGUCGGAAAUGGUGCACACGACGUCGACGGUGUUGGGGCUGGAGACGUGCAUGCACUUGACGUGCACCAACAUGCCGCUGCAGCUCAUCGACGACGCGUUGCAGAAGGCGUACCUGUCCGGCUGCCAGAACAUCCUUGCGUUGCGGGGAGACCCGCCGCUCGACGGCUCCGAGUCGACCGGCGACUUCAAGUACGCCAAGGACUUGAUCCGCCACAUCAGAGCCAAGUUCGGCAACCACUUCUGCAUCGGCGUCGCCGGAUAUCCGGAGGGCCACCCGGAGGAGCCCGACCACGCCAAGACGUUGUCGUAUUUGAAGCAGAAGCAGGACGAGGGCGCCGACUUUGUCGUCACACAGCUCUUCUACGACGUGGACAACUUCAUCGACUGGUGCGCCCGGUGCCGCGGAGCCGGCAUCACGCUGCCCAUCAUCCCGGGCAUCAUGCCCAUCUCCAACUACAAUGCCUUCCUCAGAAGAGCCAAGUGGAACAACGUCGCCGUUCCGCAGUCAUUCAUCGACCGCUUGGCGCCAAUCAAGGAGGAUGACUCCCGCGUGAGGGAGGAGGGCUGUCUCUUGAUGGCCGAGUUAUGCCAGACCUUGCUCGACUCCAAGCAUGUCAACCACCUCCACUUCUACACCAUGAACUUGGAGAAGUCCACCACCAUGCUCUUGGACAGCCUCCACCUCGUCUCCAACCAAACGAAGCAGGACUACGAGUGCGAGAACUCCAAGCCGUGGAGAAAGUCCUUGAACCCGUCAAGAGAGCUUGAGAACGUCCGCCCAAUAUUCUGGAAAAACAGAAAGUUCUCCUACAUCCAGCGGACAAACAACUGGGACGAGUUCCCGAACGGCCGAUGGGGCGACUCCCGCUCCCCGGCCUUUGGCAGCUUGGACAUGUUUGAACACAACAUCAUCCGCCACUCGCCGACAAAGAUUCUCCAGUUGUGGGACAGACCAACCAACUCGCACGAAUUAGGCGAGUUGAUUGUCAGGUACUUGAACAAUGAGAUUCACUGCUUGCCCUGGUCUGACACCCAGGCCACCGAGGAGAUCGACACCAUCAAGCCGGACCUCGUCCAGCUGAACAUGAACGGCGUCAUCACCAUCAACUCUCAGCCUAAAAUCAACGGCGUCAAAUCCACCGACCACGUCUUUGGCUGGGGCCCUACAAACGGUUACGUCUACCAGAAACAGUACCUAGAAUUUCUCCUUCCAAAGACCAAGCUCGCCAAGUUGGUCUCCCAGAUUACCGCCGUCAACGAGGAAAACGGUUACGACACCUUGAACUACUUUGUCACCGACGCAGAAUCGAACAAGCUCUCCGAAACAAACGUUACCGACCUGUCCGACGUCAACGCCGUCACCUGGGGCUGCUUCCCAGGCAGAGAAAUCGCCCAACCGACUAUUGUUGAAAAAGUCUCUUUCCUUGCCUGGAAAGAUGAACUUUAUCUCAUCUUAAAAAAAUGGUCCAACGUCCUCCUGGCCUCCUCUAGUGACGAAGAAGGCGAACCAGACGAGGCCAACAGAUUGAGAGACCUUAAAAGCUCCAAUUUCAUCCAGUCCUUGAUCAAAGACUAUGUACUCGUCAAUAUCGUCGACAACGAUUACAUCCAACCUUCAGACACCAUUUUCCACAUCUUGAAAAACCUUUGAUCACUUUUUUUAUCCCUACCCUGCACGUUUGACAUCAACUGUCACUUCAUGCAUAUAUUACCUACCAUACAAAUGCCAACUUCAAACUAAUUACAUCUUGACAAUAAUAAUGAUUCGGAUCGUCCUUUGCCACAGUGCACAAUAAACAUCGGCACCUACCUUCUGUUUCAAUAGCAUUUUUAUCUUCUUUCCCCCAUUCCACUUCUAUUCUCAUCACUAUUUCAUGAUCAACACCCUUCUUGUGAUACUCAUUAGACACAUCUAUUUAUUUUUAUUCUUCAUUUUUCCCCUCCUCCCCCUCUCCACUCCAACUCCUUCUCGGCUCAAUUUUUUGCUCUAGACAAUACAAAAUUUGUCACAACAAUCAUGCCCUGUAUAACAUAGUCUUAUUUAUAUAGAAUAGUCCUUUUCUACGUCCUCAACGGAUACUUUGGUUAAUACAAUAUAGUAUACAAA